UUCACCACCUCAUUCGAGUGCCUCUGUCUCAAGUCUCCUCGCGCUCUCGCUCGCACACCAAACUCGAGCGCGCGCGCCCGUUCGCUGCCAAGCCAAAACCAUCCUUUCCCUGACGCCCUGAGAGCUCCACGCCGCGCGCGCCGCGGCCUCGAUCACCAUGAGGCGGCGGCGGCGGGCACGCGCCGCCACCGCGCCGUGCCUCGCCAUUGUGGUCGUGCUGCUGCUCGCCCUCGACAUCGUCGCGGCCGACGGAAGGCCGUUGUCGUCCAAGCGUGCGCACGGCCACGCUCACGUUCACAGGGAGAGGGGGCUGCCACCGUCGACGACAACGGCAUCGCUGCCCGUGCACCGCGCCGUGGCCAGGGCCGAAGGUGACCGCGCGACAGUCGACUUCGGCGCCGCCACUACAGGCGCCCAGUGCAAGAGCCUGAAGCAGAAUACCAGAGGCGUCGGCGGACAAGGCACUGCAUGCGUCGACGACGAUGAUGACAAGCGACGCGUCCCGACGGGUCCUAACCCGCUGCACAACAGAUGAUCGCGCGAGAAGCAGCACGAAUUGAUUUCCAAGAAGAGGAGCAAGCAACCAAUUCAGGGGAACAACAACGCGCACAGCCAGUGAUAGUGCAGUGAAGCAGUAGCCGCGUUGGUAUACUCGUCUUCUCUGUUCAUCAUGGGCAUGGACUGGAUAGUGAUCUAGUAGGUUAGUAGUAAAUUUUUUAGAUGUUUAGAUUAUAUUUCUUCUUAUCUUUUUCUAACUUUUGUCUACUAGUACUUGCUGUAUAUUCUCUGCCUAGCUGUGUUCUUUUGUUCUAUCAGAAACGAGAAUUA